AUGGGGAAGAUCACCUUCUACGAGGACCGGGGCUUCCAGGGCCGCUGCUACGAGUGCAGCAGCGACUGCCCCAACCUGCAGCCCUAUUUCAGCCGCUGCAACUCCAUCCGCGUGGACAGCGGCUGCUGGAUGCUCUACGAGCAGCCCAACUACCAGGGCCGCCAGUACUUCCUGCGGCGCGGGGACUACCCGGACUACCAGCAGUGGAUGGGCGUCAGCGACGUGGUCCGCUCCUGCUGUCUCAUCCCCCAGCAGACGAGCUCUCACAGGCUGCGACUGUAUGAGAGAGAGGACCACAAAGGCCUCAUGAUGGAGCUGAGCGAGGAUUGCUCCUGCAUCCAGGACCGCUUCCACCUGAGUGAGGUCCGCUCCCUCCACGUGCUGGAGGGCUGCUGGGUCCUCUAUGAGAUGCCCAACUACCAGGGGCGGCAAUACCUGCUGAGGCCCCAAGAAUACAGGCGGUACCACGACUGGGGGGCCGUGGAUGCUAAGGCAGGCGCAUUGAGGAGGGUGGUGGAUUUAUACUAA